CCGCGCGCGUAAGAAUGAGAAAGUAGGAGAGGCUGGCUGAGUGUGAUGGGACAUUCAAUGAAUGAGGAGUAGACGGCAUUGUGGCUUCCUUGCAGCUUUUUGUUUAGGACGUGUUUCCGUUUUUCAGUUCAGAAACGGCUACAGAUGUUAAUAUAUAUGCAUGUUGGCCUUUACAGUGCCACAACACAUCCAAAUAUAAGCUUUUGCGAGUAGGGCAGCUGCAAUUCAAAUUAUUUCACCUGGCUUCUCCAACGAGUUUAUGGGAAAACGCGAUUAAAUCGCACAGUGGCCACCUUUGCAUAGGAUGGAAUUGUCAGCAUACUAUGCUAUAGAAGCAAGCGUCUUCUGUUGGAUGCUACUGUAGUUAGCCAUCGAACACCCAGAAAACCAUCUCCGCGAUUCCCGGUGGAUGCUUAUAACAUGGAGAUUUCAAGUAGCCCUCAGGCCAGGAGCUAAAUAUACUUGAUCAACACUCACCAGAAACUAUCGGGGUAUCGUUGACGCUUAUAAAUGCUGAAGAUGUCUGCUCCCAAUGACCUGAAGUCCUCCUGUGUGCCGAGGAAUGGCCUGGUAAAGCUGCCCCCGCAGCCCAACGGCCUCGGCUCUGCCAGCAUCACCAAAGGGACUCCAGCUGCCAAGAACCGCCUGUGCCAGUCCUCCUCGGUGCCCACCAUCCUGCUCCCCGCGAGCCUCCCCUACCACAUGGAGCCCCUCCCCACGGCUGCCUCCCUGUUAGGGUCCGACCUGGACGCCGGCUCCCCCACUUCCGACUUCCCUCCUCGCCAAAAGCUCUGCAAGCCGUCCCUGGAGAGGCAGCUGGUGCUGGACGAGAAGGUGCUGAACCGGCUCCUGUGGUACUUCACCACUGCCGAAAAGUGCGUUCUGGCGCAGGUGUGCAAGACCUGGAGGAAGGUGCUGUACCAGCCCAAGUUCUGGGAUGGUGUGACGCCCAUUCUGCAUUCCAAGGAACUGUAUGCCAUCCUGCCCAAUGGGGAGAAGGAGUUUGUCAGCCUGCAGGCCUUUGCGCUGAGGGGAUUCCAUGCCUUCUGCCUGGUGGGCGUCUCCGACUUGGACAUUUGCGAGUUCAUCGACAACUACCCCCUGUCCAAGAAGGGAGUGAAGUCCGUCAGCCUGAAAAGAUCCACCAUCACAGACGCUGGUUUGGAGGUGAUGCUGGAGCAGAUGCAGGGCCUGAUGCACCUGGAGCUGUCGGGCUGUAAUGAUUUCACAGAGGCAGGGCUGUGGUCCAGCCUCAACGCGCGACUCACCUCCCUGAGCGUCAGCGACUGCAUCAACGUUGCGGACGACGCCAUCGCCGCCAUCUCGCAGCUGCUUCCCAACCUGUCGGAGCUCAGCCUGCAGGCCUACCACGUGACCGACACGGCCAUGGCCUACUUCACCGCCAAGCAGGGCUACACCACCCACACGCUCCGCCUGCACUCCUGCUGGGAGAUCACCAACCACGGCGUGGUCAACAUGGUGCACAGCCUGCCCAACCUGACCGCCCUCAGCCUCUCUGGCUGCUCCAAGAUCACCGACGACGGCGUGGAGCUGGUGGCCGAGAACCUGCGCAAGCUGCGCAGCCUGGACCUGUCCUGGUGCCCGCGCAUCACCGACAUGGCGCUGGAGUACAUCGCCUGCGACCUCCACAAGCUGGAGGAGCUGGUGCUUGACCGGUGUGUGCGCAUCACAGACACAGGGCUGGGAUACCUGUCCACCAUGUCCUCCCUGCGCAGCCUCUACCUGAGAUGGUGUUGCCAGGUGCAGGACUUCGGCUUACAGCAUCUUUUUGGAAUGAAGAGCCUGCGUCUUCUGUCUCUUGCAGGCUGCCCCCUGUUGACCACCACAGGCCUCUCUGGCCUGAUUCAGCUUCAGGACCUCGAAGAGCUAGAACUGACCAACUGCCCAGGAGCCACCGCCGAACUCUUCAAGUACUACUCUCAGCACUUGCCUCACUGCAUGGUCAUCGAGUAGUGAGAGGAUGCAUCGGAGCGCUGCAUCAUAACACCAAAUCCUUCUCCUUCAGUCGACUUUAAAAAAUAGAAAAUUAACGCUGACCUAACCGAUACUGUCCUGAGCCUGAAGGGGAAAGAGAAAAGCUGUCACCGAUAAGGAAGAGUUGACCGGAGAGAGCGGGACGUUGGGAGGCACAGAUGAGAGGGUCGUGACUGACUGGCCUGUGUGCAGAGAGAAAACCUGAGAUGAGAGAAGCCCCAGAGGAAAGGCGUCUUACUAAACCAGACCGGAUUUAACACACACACACACACACACACACGCGCGCGCUCACACAUACACAAACACGCGACGGUUUCGCGGGACAGUGAAACUUGGCUUUGGUGUGACAUCAUUCGGUGUUUUUUCAACUCAUUAAAAAGUGUGUACAGGUUCCUCUGACAGGGUCCCGUCCAGGUUGUGGGUGUCCAGAGAAAAGGGGCGGGUGGGGACAGGGCUUAGGAGAAUGGCAGCGACCAAUCUCUCGCAUUCUUCAAGAUGACGGUUUUUUCCCCUUGUCUCUGUAUUAAAAAUACAAAAAAAAAUACUAAAACAAAAAAAAACAGCUACUUAGAUUUUUUUCGUCCAGGCUGCACGCUUACUCGCUUGUUGUCAUGCAUUUUUUAACAUUAUUUUUCUAGAUAUUAUUUUUUAUUAACGGGAUGAAUAUAAAGCAUUUGUGGUAAGCAAUCAAGUUUGGGGUUUUGUGGAGGAAGCGGAACGCCUCCUCCGAUGGAGGUCGACCGCCGAAGGAUCGGUGCAGUCAAGGGCCCGGGGGUCGACUUCGACGCGAUGAAGCGGAUGACCGGGGGGGGGCGGAGUCCGUGUGGCGAAAACCGGCCGGUUGGAUGGGGAAGGGGAAGGAGGGGGGGCUGCCUUACUGCUCUCUCUUAUUUGUGGUCGUAAGGGGACUGUACCCUGUAAAUGUUGAAUAACACGCCCGGCUUGGCCUUUACAAGUGAUACAGUUUUCAUUCCAUUUUUGAAAUCAUACAAUAUUAGUGGCUUGUGUGCAGGUUUGAGUCUUGAUGCUAUUGCAGCUGAAGGUGAAUCCACACUUCGUUUUCUUUGGGCUCUUUGGCUGCCAGUGCUGCCUGUUUAUGAGAGCCAGGCGAAACAUUUUCAGGGGAAGAAACUGCACGUUGUAUUACUUAUUUGUGACCUGGCCAAAUGUACAUAACACUUACAUUAGCUGUGCUGCGGGUGGUAACUACUGUUUCAGUAGUGUAAGCACAUAUUCGUCAGCCGUAUUCUUUUGAGACCGUAUGCAAAAUACUAACACUGCAUUGUAUUGCAUUGUAAUAUAUAAUUAAUAACUUAUUUAAUGAUACAUUUACACAUAUAUACAGAUGUAUGUUGAUUGAUGGGAGUGAACUAUGUAAAAUCCCUUCAGAAGAUUAAGAGAAUAUACUGUCCUCAUAGAAUAUUGAAGAGGGAAGGAUAAUGGAGGGAAUCCACUGUGAGAGGCUGUGCGAUUCACUGGCUCAGAGCCACUGCAGAUGUAUUGCAGUACUGCGACCCUCCAUCCUGGGCCUGCUUUCGGGCUCCUGUUUUUUCACUCGGCUCGCUGUUCCAGCAGAAGUCCUCUUGUACCUGCAGCUCUUCAGUUUAUUUUUAGUUUAUACUCGCACUCGGUACGGUACAGUUAAACUCCUCUCUGUUGCUCGGCUCAGUAGGGGGCGUAAGCUGCUUUGGAGAUCCACCUCUUCUCCCUGCAGUUUGUGUUAUCUCUUCUUGCACUGUUGUCGCUAUGCGUUGUUCUGAGAUUUUUUUUCUGGCUCUCUUCGUCUCCUCUGUUCACACCUGACCUAUGCCGACAGGCCCCCGUUGCUUGAGGAAGUCGGUGGCUGAGGGAACACAAAAGCCUGUAGCUGAGUCCACCAUCAGUUUCUUAGCAGACCAUGCUGAGUCUUCAGGCAGACGCAUGCAGCUCAUGCCGCAAAGUUGACAUUUUUUUCCUCCUGGAAGGUCUGCUUCUGUUGCAUUAUUUUUUAAUCAGAGGGAUGUGGUGGAGUCAAAUUCAAAGUCAAAUUCAACUUAGAGGUUGUAAGUUGUAGCAAGGGCCUAAUUCUGGUGUGUGCUGCAUCUUGAGUCUGCUCUCAGUAGGCUAAUUAUCAGUGGUGUAAUAUGGAAGGGAUGCUACUGACUCCAUCAGCUUAAAGCCAGUGGCCUGUUAAACUUUAUGAUAGAUCAGCAGGCAUGCGUCUCAGAACACAUUAGUGUGGGGUUGAAAUAUCCAUUUCCCGGGUUGGUUUCUUGGUUUCUGCUGGGUGAGUUUGAUUUUAAAUGCAGUCAUGCGGCAGGUCAGAAGGCUUUCAGAUUGUGCUGGUAGAGAUCAGCUUGGCAAGAGCAAGGCUUGUGAGUGUAGGCAUGUUUAUUUCCGAGUCUUCGGGUUUCUGCUGUGGAAAGAUAGUAGCCAUCUCUAGUAAAUCUGAGCCAUCUCUGGGCUCCUCUGAACAGGCAGUGGAGCAGCGCAGAGCGGGGAUCAGGGUACCAGCCCCACUCAGUCAACCUCUUCCUUCAUUUCCUUUUGCUCGUUUAUUUGUUGAUGGAUUGAGUCCUCCAACUAUUUGCUUGUAUAUGGAUGUACAUGUAUAUUUAUUGAGAAGUAUUUAUUUAUUUAUUUAUUUAUUUAUUUAUUUGCUCAUUCAUUAAGUCAUUUUUUUUUUAUUUCUGGAGGACGUUUUGGGCUGAGGCAGCUCAUUGCUUUUUUGGUUGGCUGUAAGAUAAAAUGGAACAGUGGGGAAAUGGAUUUUAGAGAUAUGGUUCUCAUCAAGCGGUUCGCUCCUUGCUUGUCAUCCAACUUCGCCAUCUGUUGAACCAGUUGAGCUAUUAUGCAGAAGCGGUGAUGUUUGCAAUCACUGCUCCAUGCAAUAUUUGUAUUUUCUGAAUGGUGUUGUUGAUAACAAGCAGGCGAGGGAGGGAGUGGAAGAGAGAGAGUGUAAUCUGUUGCUUGCACGAGCAGGUUUUGGCCGUUUGCUACUGUCUGCUAGAACUGGCUUUUGUGACAUUGGUGAGGUUCAGCAGCCUCUGGCUGAAGGUAGGAAUGUAGCUUAAGUCAUUUUUGCUCAUCUGGAUUUUUGGUAUCUCUGUGUCAGGUGACAGUGCUGUGUUCUUCUGCAGUUACACAUACCCAAUCUCAGUAGAUUGGGUUGGUCAGUAUCACCGCUGAGUUCUGUCAGAAUUGAGAUAACUAUAAUGCCACUGGUGCCAAUGUGAGAUCCUGACCAAACAAUUAGAAAUGAAUUUUGCUAGUGGUUUUCAAGACAGUCAAACCUGGGCACUGGCAUAUUCAGCACAGAACGUGUUUUGGUAUACACAGCCACUCAAGAGGCUCAUUUUUUUGAAGUGGAUGAAGGCUUGGCUGAGGCUCAUUAACUGAAACUUAUAUUUCUUAUAAAGUCAGUUUCUUUGUUUUUGACUUAACUCCCACCCCCCACAAAUUAUUUGCCUGUGUGCUAACAUUUAUUACAGGAAGACAUACAUAUAAGCUAAAGGUAUACAUAUAAAGAAAUGUAAAAAAUUAUAUAUAAAUACUGCUCAGAGGGGCCACCAUACUGGCUGAAGGAUACUGUAUGAAGGCCACAGUGGAAUUUAUUUGCUAUUUAUUUUUGAACAUAAUUUUUUUUUUUAUUUGCAUUGUUUGAAUAUAUUAUAUAUUUGAUGAUGGUCUGUUUUAGAGUGAUGAUUCAAAGAAAAAGGAAAGAAUGAUUGUGCCUGAUAUACAGACUUAUAAUCCUGCAUUUCCGGAUGUAUUUGCCUACUAGUGAAGUCAGUCAAACAGUAAAGAUGAAAGUACAAGCCAGAAGUGCAGCAGCUUAUUGUGCACUAGGAUUGACCAGGAACUGCACUGUAAUUGACCAGGAAUUGUUACAGCACAUAAAAUAUGGAGCCAUUACCCGGAAUCCAGUUGUUCACCUUAUUAGACGUUCAGCACUGCAGGGUGUUCACAAUAGGACUCUACUGAUGAUCCUAAACCUGUAAGCGCUUAAUGGUGUGGAUGCUAAUUCAAACAAUCGGUGAAUUAAACUGUGUGCGCAUUCAUUUGCUGGACACAUUAGUUCACAUUUAACUAUGUAAAAACCUGCAUGUUCCCUUCCUUUACAACAUUUGAUUAUCCAAUGGAAGACAUACUGUCCAAAUUAAGUCUUUUAAAUCAUUUCACUAAUUGUAUCUGUAGGAAACACCUCAACAGUCAGUUAUGCAGUGCAGGCAAAAAGCGAUGUUGCAUCACAGCAGCCCUGAUGAAAGGCAUGUCCAGUAUGCUCAUAAUGCAGAUCCCUUGUGGCCCACAAGAAGCCCAUCUGUUUUUCUGCAAAUCAAUGGCAGCAAGCGUAUUAUUAAUGCCCCUGCAGAGCAGCUAUGUUCUUUAUAGGCUGUUGACCACAUCCCUGAAACAUCUAUUGGGCGUUAACCCAGAUGUCACUUUUCAGUGCAAGUAUGUGAUAAUUACAAUAUCUGCUGUUCACGUCUGUGACGGCGCAGGUCCAAAGUGAAAAAUCAAAAGCCUCUGAUCUUCAGGCUCGUUGUCCAAACAGAAAGAUGUCUUGUAAUUCUACCCUGGUAACUUCUUGUAAAAGUGGGUUUUAGAGUUAGCGUGAACCUCUAAAGCCAAGUUCUUCACAGUUUCUGUCGACUCACCGUGCAGCAAGUACAACAGCAAAUGUGAUACUCACCUGUGGUUAGUUUAUGGUAAUGAACUGGAUUCAAGCGAUUUCAUACUUUCAUUGGGAAUAACUGUUUUUCCCACCUAAAACCCUCUGUACAAUUUUAUUAAUGCAACUGUUAGAUUUUAUGAAUAAAGCAUAUAUCCAACAUGUAUUAUGUGACUGCAAUAGAUAGGGAUGAGUUCUGCAGCUGGAAUGAAAGCCUGGUCUGGAACACUGGUCUUGUAGGCUUAACAGCAAAGUCAACCAUCAAUGCCAAAUUCUGACUAUUACUCUGAUGUAUUCAUUUGGUUCUUUCAGUUGUGACAAAGAAGUCAUGAGCUUCAUUGAUUUCGUUUUGCUUCGUUUCAUUUAGUUUAGUUUCUGUAAAUACUAUUGUGGUGAAAAUCUAUUUGAUGACUUUUUAUUCAUUUCUUCUCAUGGCUGCAGUGCCUUGUCAGACGAGCGUUGUCGUUUUGAAAUGGUUUGGUUGCAGUCUGCACCGUUUUAGUAAAAGUUGAACAAAAAUACUA